AUGGCUUCCCAUAUCUUGCUCAUAUCCAUACCUUCGUUGUUUUGCUCCUUUCUUGCUUAUGCUUCCUUCACUUCUUUUGCUUACUCGGCUACUGGAGCUGAAGUAGCAAAUGGAAGGAAGGAAGCAGAAGCUCUUCUAAAAUGGAAAGUCAGUCUUGACAACCGAAGCCAGUCUCUCCUGUCUUCUUGGGCUGGAGACAGCCCUUGCAACUGGGUUGGAAUCAGUUGCGACAAGUCUGGAAGCGUCACCAACAUAAGUCUUCCUAAUUCUAGUUUGAGAGGUACCCUAAAUAGUCUCAGACUCCCUUCCUUUCCUAACUUGACUGUGAUUAUCCUUCGCAACAACUCGCUCUAUGGGUCCAUCCCUUCACGUAUAGGUAACCUUAUCAAACUUGAUUUGUCUUCAAAUAGCAUUUCUGGCAACAUACCACCAGAGGUUGGAAAAUUAGUAUCUCUUUAUUUGCUUGAUUUUUCAAAAAACAACCUUAGUGGUGUUCUUCCUACGUCCAUAGGAAACUUAAGCAACUUGUCUUUUCUUUACCUUUACGAAAACAAACUCUCUGGUUUCAUACCUAGGGAAGUAGGAAUGCUUGAACAUCUAUCUACCCUUCACUUGUCCAGAAAUAAUUUUGAAGGUCCAAUCCCUACUUCCAUAGGAAACAUGAGAUCUCUCACCAGUUUAUUUUUGUCAUCUAAUAAUCUAACUGGUGCAAUACCUGCAUCUUUAGGAAACUUAGGAAACCUGACUAGUUUAGAUUUGUCAUCUAAUAAUCUAACUGGUACAAUACCAGCAUCUCUAGGCAAUUUAAGAAGCUUAUCUGAACUUCACCUUGCGAAAAACAGUCUUUUUGGUCCUAUUCCUCCAGAAAUGAACAACCUUACACAUUUGUAUUGGUUACAUAUAUAUUCUAAUAGAUUGUCUGGAAAUCUACCACGAGAUGUGUGUCUUGGUGGAUUACUUUCACAUUUUGCUGCUUUGGACAAUUAUUUCACGGGACCUAUCCCGAAAAGCUUGAGAAAUUGCAGCAGCUUGUUGAGACUCAGACUUGAGAGAAACCAACUUAGUGGAAACAUUUCUGAAGCUUUUGGCACACAUCCUCACGUGUACUACAUGGAUUUGAGUGAUAAUGAAUUGCAUGGUGAACUUUCAUUGAAAUGGGAGCAGUUUAACAAUCUGACAACCUUCAAGAUUUCUGGAAACAAGAUUUCUGGAGAAAUACCAGCUGCUCUUGGAAAGGCAACUCAUCUACAAGCUCUUGACCUGUCGUCAAAUCAAUUAGUUGGGAGAAUUCCAAAAGAAUUGGGAAGUUUAAAGUUUAUUGAACUUGAACUCAACGAUAACAAACUAUCAGGUGAUAUUCCUUUCGAUGUCGCAUCGCUAUCUGACCUCGAAAGGCUUGGCCUGGCCGCGAACAAUUUUAGCGCAACAAUUCUUAAACAGCUUGGCAAGUGCUCAAAACUGAUAUUUUUUAAUAUGAGCAAGAAUAGCUUCGCAGGGAUUAUUCCUGCUGAGAUGGGGUCUUUACAGUCUCUUCAAAGUCUUGAUCUUAGCUGGAAUUCCCUGAUGGGAGGUAUAGCACCGGAGCUUGGACAGCUGCAGCGGCUAGAGGUAUUAAACCUCUCCCAUAAUAUGCUGUCUGGUCUCAUUCCAGCCGGUUUUAGUAGACUGCAAGGCCUCACUAAAGUGGAUGUAUCCUUUAACAAGUUAGAGGGUCCCAUUCCUGACAUCAAAGCCUUUCGCGAUGCGCCAUUUGAAGCAAUUCGCAACAACACCAACCUGUGUGGCAAUGCUACCGGUUUGGAGGCUUGUUCUGUUCUCAUGAAAAACAAAACUGUGCACAAGAAGGGCCCCAAAGUUAUCAUUUUGACGGUCUUUUCUCUACUGGGUAGUUUGUUGGGCCUGAUUGUAGGUUUCCUUAUCUUUUUCCAAAGCAGAAGAAAGAAAAGGCUAGUGGAAACACCACGAAGAGAUGUUCUCGUGGGAUGGUGCACUCGUGGGGAUCUGCGCUCCGAGGACAUCAUUGAGGCUACUGAGGAAUUCGACUCCAAAUAUUGCAUUGGUACUGGAGGGUAUGGAGUUGUUUACAAAGCUGUUCUUCCAUCAGAACAAGUCCUUGCCGUGAAGAAAUUCCACCAAACACCAGAAGUUGAGAUGAGCAGCUUGAAAGCUUUUAGAAGCGAGAUUGAUGUCUUAAUGGGUAUACGGCAUCGAAACAUUGUGAAGCUGUAUGGUUUCUGCUCGCAUGCCAAACAUUCAUUUUUGGUAUAUGAAUUUGUGGAAAGGGGAAGUUUAAGAAAGGUACUGAACGACGAGGAACAAGCAGGAAAGAUGGAUUGGGAUAAAAGGAUGAAUCUUAUCAAAGGCGUAGCCAAUGCUUUAUCCUACAUGCACCAUGACUGCUCCCCUCCGAUUAUUCAUAGAGACAUUUCCAGCAACAAUGUUCUUUUGGAUUCAGAAUAUGAGGCUCGUGUCUCUGACUUCGGCACAGCAAGGCUCUUAAUGCCUGACUCAUCCAAUUGGACAUCAUUUGCUGGCACCUUUGGGUACACGGCUCCAGAGUUGGCAUACACAAUGAAAGUGGAUGAAAAAUGUGAUGUGUAUAGCUUUGGAGUAUUAACAUUGGAAGUAAUGAUGGGAAAGCAUCCUGGCGAUUUCAUCUCAUCUCUGAUGUGUUCUGCUUCCACCUCCUCCUCAUCAUCACCAAGCGGUCACAAUACACUCUUGAAGGAUGUUUUAGACCAGCGCCUCCCACCUCCUGAAAACGAGCUUGCGGACGGUGUGGCACAUGUUGCAAAACUGGCGUUUGCUUGCUUGCAGACCGAUCCCCAUUAUCGGCCAACAAUGCGACAAGUUUCUACAGAGCUUACAACUCGUUGGCCACCUUUGCCAAAGCUAUUCUCCACGAUAGAAUUGGAAGAUGAACUGGUUCACAGAAAUGUUAAGGGUUGAAUUUUUACAGUAUACUUUCCUGUCAAGGAGCCAGUAACUCCGGUGGUAAUAGAGUCCCACACCAUUCAAGUGGAGUUAUUAUCUGUCUUGGAUAUUCAGUCCAACGUCUUACAUUUCGUCUGUUUCUUCGCCUACUGCUUGUGUAUAUUAAAUGCAGAAACAAGAAAAAGAGCUUUCCCAUUUCGAACUUAAAUUCGCCAGAUGAAAUAUUUCACAUA